AUGGCGGAAUAUAUGUCAGAAAGAGAACUGAGAAAAAUUGAAAGAAAUAGGAGAAAGGAGGAAGAUAGAUUAAAAAGACAAAAUGCAAGAACACUAGAAAAGGAGGAAAAACGUAAGCGUGAGCAAAGUGAACAUGAUAAAAAGGAGAGAGAACAACUUGAACUACAAAAGCAGAGAGAAAGGUUAAUACAUGAACGGCGUAAACUUAAAGAGAAAAGCAAGCUGCUAUAUGAAAUGGAGAAAGGAAUGAAAGAAAGAGAAAGGGUAGAUAAAGAGAUAAGACAGAAGUCUAAAGAUAUUAAGAAAGAUUUUGAAAGUGAUACAAGUGAAACAGAGGAAGAGUUUAAAGAAUUAGAACAAGUUGAUAGUGAUCAUAAUAGUAGUAUAGAAAGAAAAGAAAGAAGUGAUAAAAUCAGAAAGUAUACAAGUUCAAGUAAGGAAAACCUAAGAUUGAAAGAAAGUGAAAUUACACAAAGCAAUAGAGCUGAACGUAAAGAUAGUUCAGAUAGUGAAUAUUCAGAUUUAGAUAAAUCAACGGAAUUACAGGCAAAUGCUAGACAGACAUUUAGUGAAGAAAGAAUGAAGAAAAGGAAAGGUUCAGUUCUGAAUAUGAAAGAUGAAAUGAGCUUCAGGAAUGAAAACCCACUAUCAAGUGAUAGUCUAGAAGAUAAAGAAAGUGAAAUAGAAUUAGAUUCAGAACAAUCUGAAAGUGAUGCCUCGGAAGAUGCAUACACAACAGUGGAUCAAAUAUAUGAUGUAGAUUAUAUUGAAAAUCCGAGACAUAAUAGUACAGAGAUAGAAACUGAAGAAAACAAAAAUGUGAAUUUUGAGAAUGAAAUGAGAUGGCUUGAUGAAAAAUGGCAGCAAUAUCAAUGUGAAAAUGCUGAAUUGAAAUCUAGUAUAGAUAAACUUAGAAAUACAGAGACAGAAAAAGAAAAUAUAAAACGAGAUAGAAACAAACAUUUAAAGUAUACGGCUGCAGAAGAUAUGUUGAAAGAGAAAAUAAAACAAUUAAAGAUUAGAGAAAAGAGGGUAAAUGAUGCUAUCCAAGAAAAUAGAAUGCUCAAACAAAAACAAGCUGAAGAACUAGACAAAUUAAAGCAUAGACAGACAGAAACCAAAAGAGAAAGUGAGAAACGAAAGAUAGAGAAAGAUAAACUGAAGAAAUUAAAGGACGAGGAACUGUUACUAAUGCAACGAAUUAAGGAGAAAGAAGCUCAAUUACUUAAUGAGAACAGAACUAAUGCUGAAAUAAAUGAGAACAAAAGCGAUACUAGAAAGGCAAACAAAAGUGAGAAAACUGAAAGUACGAAAGCAAAGUUACACAAGCCCAAUAUCCCAUCAUUAACUGAAACUACAUUCGAAGAAUGGAAAAUAGAGGUUGAAAUUAUUCUUAAGUCGGGACUAUAUGAGGAAAAUAUUCUCCGACAAGCAAUUAGAAAUUCGUUAUGUGGACACACCAGAAAGAUAUUGUUGACCAUGAGUCCUGAUGCAACCAUACAGCAAAUUAUAAACAAGUUAGAAGGUAUAUAUGGAAACAUCAGAUCGGGUGAAUCAGUUUUAUCUGAAUUUUACAUGUCGAAACAAGGAAAGGAUGAAAAUGUGUCAGAAUGGGGCUUGCGAUUGGAAAGUAUAUUACAGAGAGCAAUAGAAAAAGGUCAUAUAAAAGAAGAACAAAGAGAAGAUAUGUUAAAAACAAGAUUCUGGAGGCAGUUGUACAGUGAGGACCUGAAAAACGCUACAAGACUAAGCUUUGAAACUUCAAAGUCUUUUGAAGAGUUGCGAAGAAAAGUACGUAUAGAAGAAAACGAAAUGUCGAUGACGAGAAUACAAGAAGUAGAAAUAGAAGAUAAAAUAUCACUAAAUCAGCAUAAAAGUGAAGACGACAGUGAUCUUGUCAUGAAAACAGUUUUAGAAAGGAUGAAAAGGCUAGAAGAAGAACUUCUUCGAGUUCAAGAAAAGUCUAGAGAAGAGAAAGAAAGUACAAGUGGUGACAUACAUAGACGUCAUGAUAUAGAGCAAGAAAGGAGUAGAUGGGAUAGAAGAGAUAGAUAUAGAGAUAGAUAUGAUAGAGGAAAUUACAGAAAUAGAUACAGAGAUUAUGAAUAUGGGGACAGAAGAAAUUACAAAAGAGAUUAUCGAGAAAGAUAUGACACAGAUAGACCAAACAGAGAUUAUCGUAGACGAUAUGAUGAUAUAGAUUGGAGAAAAGAGGACGAUAGGUACCCAAGAUACAGAAGAGAUGAUAUUGAAAGAGGAUAUAGGGGAGACAGAAGAACUAAUGAUAGAUACGGAUAUGACAGAGAAAGAAAUUACGAUGUGAACAGCUGUAGAGAUCAAAAUGAGAAGUACAGAGAGUCAGACAGCAGAAGAGAUAAUAAAGAGUUUAACAGGCAUUAUAGAGAAGGUUCCAGCGCAGAACAGAGAAAACAAGAUACGGACAAAGGAGAUACAGCAAAACAAGAACAUAAACAAGUACAAUCAAAUUCCAAGACGGAGGCAGCAGGUAGAACAAACACACCAAAUAAGCCUUUAAACCGCUAG